AUGGAACCGGAGAUUGCCAAGUCCCCCGCCACAUGGGCUGCCGGCCCCAGCACUUUGUGCCAAACUAUUAUGGCACCUGGAAGUGCUGGGGUAUACCCCAUGGGGUAUCCCCAUAUCGUCUACCACGGACAGCAUCCUCUGACCUACUGCCCCCGGCCACCUACAACCCCAGUCCUUGCCGGCCAGUAUGGUGCCCCCCACAUUAAUAUAGCACAACCCCAUAUAUAUUAUGUGGUUCCCAACGUUUCGCCGGGAACGGGUUUUAUCCAGGCUCCCGUCCCUGUCAUCUCCCACCUAACAGGUCCCAUCAGACCUCUGCUCCCCAGUCCCAGGACCCCCCUCUUAGGUGUUCCUAGCACACCUCUGCCCCCCAGUCCCCUCACCCCCCUGCUGGCCGUUCCCGGCAGAACUCAGCCCGCCGUCCCAGGAGGUCCCCUGCACGCCGUCCUCGGAGAGUCCAGGACACUUCGGUCUGAUGGCAGCAGCACCGAAAGCUCCAGUGACGAGGAGGGGCCCAUCAGAGCAGACGGCGGAAGCCCUGGUACCCCGGUGCGAGGAGGGAGCAGUUGUGAGCUGCACAACUGCCUCAAGACAUACCUCCUCAAGCCAAGUGAACUUCUUGAGCUGGGUUAUCCUAUGGAGAGUGAGCUUUUUCCUGGGAAAGCCAUGAUUCUCAGGACCUCUGACCCUAGCCAGCCUCGUAGUCAAGGAUUCAAUGUAGACGUCAAGGAGUUCGUGCCGAUGGGGUCUGGCUCCACCAUGAGCCUCAACCGCCCCAACCCUAUCCCCAAGCAUACCAGUGGUAGAAACAGUUCCUACACCUCUCCUAAGACAGGGGCCGUGGAGCGCAAAUGUGUUCGCUGCAAAAAGUACUUCCUUGUCACCGACAAUGGGGAGUACCUGAGCAGCGAACAGUGUAUCUAUCACUGGGGCCGACUCUACCCCAACCCAUCCUGCCCAUCCUAUUACCUUUGCUGCGAAGGUAUCCCGUCCUCCCAGGGAUGUUCGACCUGCAGGCGCCAUGUGUGGAGUGGGAUCUCCACCGGUAUGAACGGUCCUCUGGAGGGAUUCGUUAGGACCCUCCCCCGGCAGAAUCCCACUCCAGAGGACCGUCCAGACGUCUACGCCCUUGACUGUGAGAUGGGCUUUACAGUCAGGGGCCUAGAGCUCUUGAAGGUCACCGUGAUCACUCUGGACGGCUCGGUAAAGUACGAGUCCCUGGUUCGACCUGAAGCCGAAAUCGUAGACUACAACACUAGGUUCUCCGGUGUCAAGGAGGAAGACUACCGCGGCAACUUCAAGACGUUGAGGGAAGUACAGAGUGACCUGACCGAGUUCAUAAAGGAAGACACCAUCCUCAUAGGCCAUGGUCUUGAGAACGACCUCAGAGCCUUGAGGAUGGUCCACUCUUCCUGCGUGGACACGGCGGUCGUCUUCCCUCAUCGCCGUGGGUUGCCGUUCCGCCGGGCACUGAGGGACCUGGUCAAGUACGUUCUCGGCAGGUCGAUCCAGGACAAUCCUGAGGGUCACGACAGCACCGAGGACGCCAGGGCCUGUCUGGAUUUGAUAAGGUAUAAGAUUUUUAACGAUUUUGAAAUAUAA